UCUGGGCUAUAGAGGGACUUACUAGAAAUGGGCAACCACAGGGGGCCUGGAACAGCUCUGGGUUGAGAAUUCUGAUGGGGGAAACAAAAAACAAAACAAACAAACAAAAAAGCUCUCCUCAUUGGAGCUGUGGGCUGGACAGAAGCCCGGUACAAAAAUACUUUCAGUUUUGUUUCUUACUCUGCAAGAAACGAAAGUCACAGGCAGACUCCGGCAGUCAGACAUGGAGGGAGACUUCCAAGUGUGCAGAAACUGCAAAAAAAAUGUGGCCUCUUCCAACUUGCUCCUCCACGAGGCCCACUGCCUGAGGUUCCUGGCUCCCUGUCCAAAGAGCAAGGAGCUCAUCCCCAAGGAGAAGACGGAGGACCACUGCAAGCCUGGACACGGGCAGGUCGACUAUGCCGAGAGUCAGCAGAACGGACAGAACCACUCACUAGAAUCCCACAAGGCCACAGAAUAUCAGGAGCACCCCUUGGAGUGUCAGUUCCGCGAGCUGGCUAUGCACCUGGGCAAACUGGAAACCCAUGAGCGCCACUGUGAUGACCAGACAAAGCAACGCCCAGAGUGCAGCCGGGACAUGGUGCUCGGGGGACAGGCCCAGCACAGGGACAAUCCCAGAGAGUGUGAAGAGUUCUUGCUCAGGAAAGGCCAGAGAAUUUCAGCUCCUGAAAGGAGGACCCACUAUCAUUUCCAUAACCAAAUGCUCUCUGGAAAAAAGGAUAUCCACCACAUGGGUAAAUGUCAUCCAAAAGAGUCUGUGAAAUAUUUUCCACAUAAAAACUCAAGAAUUCCUCCUCCGCCCCUUUCAAAUGAGAUGGCAGAGAAAGAUGUCCGUCCAAAGGAAAAAAAUAGCAACAGAUUCUAUCGUCCUUCUAAAAAUUCAACAAAGCGAGUCCCAAAGGACAUAAACAACACCAUGGAUCUGCCUUGGAAGCUUGGGUACCAGCCCAAAGAUGAGGCAGCCUACAACAUUUUGAAGAGAUGCUCUCAGUGUGGUAUCCUGCUUCCCCUGCCGACCUUAAAUCAGCAUCAGGGAAAAUGCCGGUUGUUGGCUUCAACAAAAAGGAAUGCAAGUGAGAAGUUUCAGCUAGAUUGGAAAAGAAAAGAUACUACAGAUUUAAGAGAACUGGUGUCCUAAAAGACUUCCCCAAAGGUUGCACAUAAAGACCAUGGUUACUGGCCAGGGCCUGCUCUUGUCUGCAGAUCCCCUUUCCCUGUUCACUACCUCACCCAGCUGUCCUGGCUGCCCCCAUCAUUCCCCUGGAAAACCAGAGACAAAAAUCAGAAGAGCUAAGAACAAGAAUCUUUCAAAGAGAGACCGUGGCAGUGGCAUACCAGGCUGAGCAUGAAUGUUUCAGUGUGUGAGGGGUCAAGUUCAAGUCCUUGGUCCAAAUGUGCAGGAGAGAAGCUUCACAAACCUGAACCCUAGCUUUGGGGCAGAACCUCUGUGUGGAGAUGGCUCACCUGGCUGAACGCACAGUUUACAGGUGCCAGGACCUGGAUUGGAUCCCCCACCACCUCAUGAAAAGACCUACACAGGGGAAGUUUCAUGAGAGGAGCAGCAGUGCCACUGUGCCUUCUCCUUAUGAGAGAGAGAGAGAAGAAAGAAAGAAGAAAGAAAGAAAGAAAGAAAGAAAGAAAGAAAGAAGAAAAAGAGCAAGACAGGGAAAGGAAGAGAGAAAGGAAGAGAGAAAGUGAGGGAGAGAAAGAGAGAGAAAGAAAGAAAGAAAGAAAGGGGGCAGGAGUAGAUAGCAUAGUCGUUAUGCAAAGAGACUCUCAUGCCUGAAGCUCUAAAGUCCCAGGUUCAGUCCCCUGCACCAGCAUAAACCAGAGCUGAGCAGUGCUCUGGUAAAAAAAAAAAAAAAAAAAAGAAAGAAAAAAAGAAAGAAAAG